AUGGCCAAUUGCGCCCGCCGAGCUGGCGGUUGGUUUCCAGUCUUUCUGACGCGCUUCUUGACUCACCCCAACUCAUCCUCAUUGGCGGGUGAGCAGCCAUGCGCCCAACAGUGCAAUAGUUCGUCCUCGCCGAGCCUUCACUUCGGCACGCCGUCGGAUGUUGACCUUGCAAGCACUGCCAACUUCGUCUUGCGGCUGAGAACCCCUAACCUAAUCGAGGAAAUGGAAACUAUCGUCUUCAUUCACGGUUUAGGUGGCCAUCCUUACAAGACUUGGGCGUGCCCUAGGCGAAAGAAUAUCCCCACCAGCUUUCCACGCAAUACGAACCAGUCCUCACCUGACGGACGAGGAUUUUUCCCUCGUUUAUUCUCCAAGAUCGGAUGUUGUGAUGGGGGCGGGGAUGAGGAUAGGGAUGGAGAUGGGGCCACUGCUCUCGAGGACAAGCCGCCUAGGCGCGUUGCAUCCGACGAUAGUCCUCCCGACAGAAGGAGAGUGGAUGGAGACGUCUACUGGCCAUACGACCUUCUGGCGGGCGAAGACCACUGUCGCAACGUGAGAAUUCUCACAUACGGCUAUGACUCCAAGGUUACGAAAGGGCUCAACAGCACUAACCAGAACAACCUCUUCGCGCACGCCAAGGACCUGCUCUACGCGCUCCAGCGGGAAAAACCUGCGAGAAGGUCGGUGAUUUUUGUGGCCCACUCGCUGGGCGGUCUGCUUGUCAAGGAAGCACUUCGACGGUCCGAGUCUUCGGAGGAGGCAGAGUUCAAGGACAUUGUCAAAUCUACCAAAGGGGUCAUCUUUCUCGGCACACCACAUAGGGGCAGCCCAGGAAUGGCCGAUCUUGGCCAGACAGUUCGAAGCAUCGCCAGUACCAUCCUCAGGGUGGACUCAAAUGCCGUCCUUCUCCGAACUCUCGGGACAGACAGCCCAGAGUUAGAACUUGGGAGAGAGUCUUUCACGACGCUCUGGCGAAAAUAUGGCUUCCGCGUCAAGACCUUUCAGGAGGCGUGGGGCCUCUCCGGUAUCAACGCCGGGCCCCUGAAUAACAAGGUUGUCCCAGACACAUCCUCCACCCUUGACGAUCCUAGAGAGCAUGCCGAGACAAUCUCGGCAAACCACAUGAACAUGUGCAGAUUUGAGACAAGACUUGACGCCGGGUAUCGGAAGAUUUCACUCGAGAUCGGAUCAAUGAUAGCGUUAGGAAUGAUUGUAAGGAUGGGCGAGGUAUGGCAGCAUGUUCAACAAUGGACCGUACCCCGGUUUCUAACCAUGGUUAAAGCCUUCCUGGAAUCUCUGGCUUUCGCCGAGAUGGACAACAGACUCGGCAACAUCCAAAGAGCUCUGGAUGACACUUGCGACUGGCUGUACUCGACCACCGAAUACAAUGCCUGGAUCAACAAUACCGACGUCGCCAAGGUCCACGGCCUGCUUUGGAUCAAGGGAAAGCCUGGCUCUGGAAAAUCGACUCUGAUGAAAGACGCCGUGCGUCGAGUCAAGCUUCUGUACGAGGGCACCCAAACCACCACCGCCGCUUUCUUCUUCAACGCACGGGGAACAGGAGACCUUGAGAAGACACCUUUUGGUCUCUAUCGGUCUCUGCUGUACCAGGUCCUUUGCCAGGACUCGUUGGCCCUCGAUCAUUUGUGCCCGGUGUUCAGACAGAAGGCUAUGUUCCAUCCGAUUGUGACAUGGCAUCAAGAAGAACUACGAGAUCUGUUGUCACGCGUCUUUGCAACCUGCGAGUCAAGGCCGGCUAUUGUCUUUAUUGACGCCAUGGACGAGUGUAACGACGACGAAGUCAGAGACCUGAUUCGUUUCUUCAAACAUCUCGGCAAUAAGGCUUACAAUGCCGGCGCCGACCUCAAGAUUUGCUUCUCCAGCCGUCAUUAUCCUCACAUAUCCAUCAAUGGGUGCCCCGAGAUUGUCGUCGAGGACAAUAAUCGCACCGACAUCUUACGCUACAUCGUUGCAGAGGCCGAAGACAACCGCUCCAUUGCGGAUCUCAAGGACGAGAUUUUCGAAAGAUCUUGUGGCGUUUUCCUUUGGGUAGUCCUCGCCAUUGCCAUGCUGGGACAGCAUGGCCGGGGCAAGUCAUUGAAACUGCUUCAGCAGAAGUUGCGAGAAAUACCCCCGGUGCUUAGCACACUUUUCCGAACACUCUUUUCGAACCAGGAUCCCGCCGAAGCCGAACGCGCAGUCCGCCUCAUACAGCUGAUCCUGUUCAGUAUGCAGCCCCUGACCCAAAACCAAAUCCAUCAGGCUUUGGCAUUUGGGGGGACUCGCUACGGCUCCCUCGCAACAUGGAAAGACUCGGUGGAAUAUCUCGAGACCCGUGUAAAGAUACACGAAAUGAUCAUUGACCUCUCCAAGGGCCUUUUGGAACAAACUCCGAGCAGCGCAAGCCAAGAUCCGACUUACCAGUUCAUCCAUGAGACUGUACGGGAAUUCUUUCUCCACGGCAACGGCUUCAGCUUGCUCUAUUUUAGUUCGACGUCCAUUGUCGGGAGCGGCCAUUCUAUGAUGGCCACUUGCUUUGCAAAUUAUCUCGAGGUCCAAGAAUUACGACCUGCCACCGCAGGUAAAUGCGAGCUUCCAGCGAACGACCCCGACCUCGCACUGCUCGCUUACAUAUGUGUGCGCAUUUUUGAUCACAUCGAGGCAGCGGAGGAGCAAGGGAUAUCGCAGGAAGGCGUUCUGCGCCGUCUCAGCGAUGACACGUGCGAACUGCUACGACGGCUGGCGGCAUCGCCAUUUACAACGCGUUACCAACCCGGAUCAACUAUUCUCGUGGCAGCCAUCGACUUUGGGGUCAUUAAGACAGCAAACCGGAUCCUGAGGAUGGGCUUUUCGGUCAACCAGCAAACCGCAACACCGCUAGGGUACGCUUUACAUACCGCGCUCAGCGGUCGCCGGCGAAUUACCGAGACCGCACAUGUAUAUCGCGGAUCUACCCAGCUGCAGAUGGUUGAUUUGCUACUUCAGAAUGGAGCCGACGUUUCCUUGAAGAACCAGUUCGGCCAAAGAGCGCUGCACAUCGCCGCCACCAGACGCCCCGAAGUUGUAUUAGCCAUCUUGGACAAAAAGCCGAACGUCAACCCACAGGAUGUCGACGGGGAGACACCACUCCACCGAGCCAUUCAUAGCGCACACUAUUACCUGCGGAUUGUCGAGAUUCUCCUUGCACACGGCGCCCGUGUGGACAUUCGCAAUCGUCGAGGCGAGACCCCUUUGGAUGUUUCCCGGAGCAGGGUAGCUUUCGGCGAUAUAAGCAAAGAUGAUGGGCUAGUCACGAAGCUGAUGGAGGAGCAUGCAGGGAAGGCAAGAUGCGGUAUUUGA